AUGGAAAAAACUGUAACAUUAGGUGAGCAAUUUUUUGGAAAAACCAAUAUAUCAUUUUCUAUAAGUUAUAUUGAUAAUAAUGGGGUUUCAAAAACAAUUGAAACAUCAUCAUUAACAUCAAAUUCAUCAACAGCACCACCAACACCAAAACCACAACCACCAUGUCCAUAUGAUCAUUUGGUAUUAGUUGUACAUGGUAUUGGGUCACAUGAUAAAAAUUGGGUAAAAACUAUUAAAAAAAUGAAUAAGAAAUUCUCAAGUAUCUUUUAUAAUAUGCAAAAUGAAAACUUUGAUAAACGUGUUAAAUUCAUAGGUACAGAAUGGCAUUCGGCAGUACACACAUCAAUGGAUGAUGAAACCUCAUUAAAAGAUGUAACACCAAAAAUUGGAAUUCCAACUGUUAGAGCAUUGAUUGAUGAUACAUUAAUGGAUUUUGUAAUGUGGGCAACACCAACAUUUGCUGAACCAAUCUAUAAAGAAGUAGCCGAUCAAUUAAAUUCUGAAUAUAGUGCAUUCAUUAAAGAAUAUCCAACGUUUAAUGGAAAAGUUUCCAUUUUAGCCCAUAGUUUGGGUAGUAUAAUUACCUAUGACAUUUUAACAAAUCAACCAUCAUCAUCAAGUAAUUCUGAUACAUCCUCCACUUGUAUACCUAAAUCAGCAUCAUCAAUUAGUAUACCCGAUGAAAAUGGUGCAGAGUGUAUUGUGCGUGGAAAUAUUGAUCUUUGGAAAAGUAUAAAUAAUUAUGAUGAUGAGAAAAAAGAGAUAUUUCAUUCAAGUUUUCAAUUUGUUGAAUUGAAUUUCCCAGUUUACAAUUAUUACAUCAUUGGUAGUCCAGUGGGUGCAUUGUUAUCCUUAAGAAAACAUAAACAAGUUCCAAUUCCCAAAUGUGAAAAUUUCUAUAACAUUAUCAAUAUAUAUGACCCAGUUAGUUUUUUAGUUGAGCCAUUAAUUGAUAAAAGAUUCAUUGGUCAAGAAAUGCAAUAUGUUCCAAAAUUCACUAAAAAACUAUCAAAAUUACCAAAGAAAUUUAGGUCAUCAAAAAAAAUUGAUGCAAUGAUUGUAAAUACUCCAAAUUCUUUAAGUACUCAUACCUCACCUUGUUUAUUAUCUGCUCAACAUCAAUUACAAAAUGUAUCAAUUGUAACACCUUCAACUAUGAUUCAACCAAUUAAUUUAAAUACAACAGCAGCAACAACAACAACUUCAAUAACAACCACAUCAACAUCAUCAACAACAACAACAACAACAAUUGAUAAUAAUACAAAUAGUAGUAUUAGUAGUGGUAAUGGUGAUGAUACUUCAUCUUCAUCUAGCGAUGAUGAAGAUGAUGAUAGUGGUGAUGGUUCAAAUUCUGGUUCAUCCUCAUCAUCGUCAGCAACAAAAUCAAAUCUUCCAUUAGCUGAUAUAUCUCAAUUCUCUGGAUGCAGAUAUGAUUAUGCAAUGAGACCUAAAUUUCAUAUCACUGAAUUUGGUCCAUGGUUGUUAACUGCUCAUUCAAGUUAUUUCCUUUCAAAAGAAGUUUUAAAUUUUAUUGGUUUAAAUUUAAAUUAA